AUGAGUUUCUGGGUUGGCGUCUCUUGUAACCCAAAUGGCACAAGAGUAGUUGCUCUCCAUCUCCCAGCCGUUGGAUUCCGUGGUCCAAUUCCACCUAACACAAUUGGGAAGCUUGAUGCACUAACAAUCCUUAGCCUUCGAUUAAACCACUUGAACCAGAGUCUUCCACCUGAUAUUCUUUCCCUUCCUUCCCUCAACUAUGUAUAUCUUGAAGAAAAUAACUUCACGGGUGAUAUUCCUUAUCUUCUCUCCUCACAGCUCAACUUAAUUAACCUGUCCUUUAAUUCCUUCACGGGCAGCAUUCCAAACUCAAUUCAAAAAUUGGGCUAUCUUAAUGUAUUAAACCUCCAGAAUAACUCCCUCACCGGAUCCAUUCCUGAUCUAAACCUCCCAAAUCUCAAGCAAAUCAAUUUCAGCUACAACCACCUGAGUGGCUCAAUCCCAUCUUCCCUUCAAAAGGAACCUAUGUUAUGUGGGCCACCACUGAAUCACUGCCUCAUGAACACCUCGCCGUCUCCUUCCCCAACUUACUUUCCUCCCUCGCCAACAAUACCUCACUAUCAGAAAGCAAAGAAAAAAUUGAGUGUGGUGCUAUGCUGUUUGAAGAAGAAAAAUGUUACAAGUGGUGGUGCAUUGAAAAGGAAGUUUUAUGGUGGAAGGUGUGAGAAUCCCAAGGAAGAUUUCAGCAGCGGGGUGCAAGAAGCUAGGAAGAACAAAUUGGUUUUCUUGGGAGGUAACACCUGUAAUUUUGAUCUAGAGGAUUUACUGAGAGCUUCUGCAGAAGUUAUGGGAAAGGGAACUUAUGGGACAACAUAUAAAGCUAUUUUGGAAGAUGGAACAACUGUGGUUGUGAAGAGGCUGAAGGAAGUGGCUCUUGGUAAGAGGGAGUUUGAACAACAGAUUGAAAUAAUGGUAAGAGUAGGACAGCAUCCAAAUAUUGUUCCUCCUCGAGCUUAUUAUUAUUCCAAGGACGAGAAACUCAUAGUUUAUGACUACAUGAUCGUUGGCAGUUUGUGGGCACAUCUGCAUGGAUACAGGGAAACUGAAAGAACGCUUGACUGGGAAACCAGAGUGAAGAUUUGCCUCGGAGCAGCUAGGGGUGUUGCUCAUAUCCAUUCUUCAUCUGGUGGGAAAUUCACGCAUGGAAGCAUAAAAUCUUCCAACAUCCUCCUCACGCGUGACCUCCAAGGCUGCAUUUCUGAUUUUGGCCUAAGUCCUCUAUUUGCCCCACCUUCAAUUCCACCUAAAAUUGCAGGAUAUCAAGCCCCUGAGGUGAUUGAGUUCAGGAAAUACAUCCAGAAAUCAGAUGUUUAUAGCUUCGGGAUCAUCCUCCUCGAGAUGCUGACAGGAAAAGCACCUGUGCAAUCACUGGGAGGAAAUGAAAAUGUGGUUGAUCUACCGAGAUGGGUCAAUUCCAUCAUCAGAGAGGAAUGGACGGCUGAGGUCUUUGAUUCCGAGCUAAUCGGGUACCAAAAUAAUGAAGAAGAGAUGGUUCAGAUGCUUCAAAUUGCACUGGCUUGUGUCGAGAAGGUUCCAGACAAAAGGCCUAAGAUGGAGGAGGAUAUGUAUCCUAUCCAUGAUUCAUUCGAUACUCCUCCUAAGAGCAAUGUCCUCACCUCUCACAGAGACGUGGGACCCACAUCUCACUCGGCUGUGGGUCCCACCUCUAUGAGAGGUGCCGGCACUGCUCUUAGGAUAAACCUCUAUCUAUUGGAAACAAUAGUGGAGGAGGGUCCAAAGAGAAAAAUCAUCAAACAUCAAGCACAUUCACUAACGAUGUACAUCACAUGCUGGAUACAGCACACUCCCUCCAGGCUAUGGCUGUCCUGUAUUCUGCCUAAACAGCUCUUACCCAGUUGGCUCCUCAUGAUUUCAUGA